UUAUAAACCGGUUUUGCCCGCACUUCAGCUUCUGCAGUUCUGAUUUUACACCACAUAUACAUAAUUACAAGUAUAUAUACAUACAUAGAAUCGGAGAAGACCUGACCCUAUCCAUCUGCCAUAGCUUAAUCUUUCUCUCCAUCAUGAAUCCCUCCAUAGCCAAUAAUAAUUCCCAAGAAAAUCAAGAACCCGCCGCCAUUAAUGGCUUCCCGGAUAAACAAAAGGAAUACAGAGAGAUCAUCUCGACUCUCCCAAGAGUCAAAGGAUGGAGAACCUCGGAGUAUCUUUACCAGUACCAAGACUUCUGGUGGCAACAGCCGCUGCUCGAAGGCGCCAUGUACGCUCAACAAAACUUCACCCCUCGCCCCACCGACAUCAUUGUCUGCAGCUACCCAAAAACUGGUACCACCUGGCUCAAGGCCCUAACUUACGCCAUUGUUAACCGAGCUAGCUUCACUGACAACCUUUAUAACCCUUUACUCAAAAAGAACCCGCAUGAAUUCGUUCCUUACAUCGAGAUCGAUUUACCCAACUGGCCCCAAGUUGUUGAUCCCAAAAAUCCUCUGUUCUCCACUCAUAUACCCUUUACUUCCCUUCCGAAAUCCAUCCUCGACUCCUCCUGCAAGAUGGUUUACAUAUGGCGAGACCCGCGGGACACGUUCAUCUCCUGCUGGACUUUUCUUCAAAAGGAGAGGUCCGCGGACGGCGAGCUGGAAGGGUUAGAGUCGGCGUUCGACAUGUUUUGCAGAGGAAUUUCUGUUUACGGACCUUACCUUGAUCAUGUUCUGGAUUACUGGAAAGCUUCCCAGGAAUUUCCGGAGAGAUUCUUGUUUCUUAAGUACGAGGAUAUGAGGAAAGAGUGUUUGCCGUACGUGAAGAAACUGGCGGAGUUCAUGGGAUACCCGUUCGAGGCGGCGGAAGAGGAAGAAGGGGUGGUGGAGAAAGUUGUGGAGCUUUGUAGUUUUGAGAAACUGAGGAGUGCCGAGCCGAAUACCGGGGAUCGGGAGAGGGAAGAUCGGCCGGGGGUUUAUUCGAAUAGUGCGUAUUUUAGGAAAGGUAAAGUGGGUGACUGGCGGAAUUAUUUGAAGCCAGAAAUGGGUGAGCGGCUUGGGAGGAUUAUGGAGGAGAAGUUCGCCGGAACGGGUUUGAUUUCCGACGGGAAGAUUGCAGAGACGGAGACGGCGGCUUAGUAAAUCCCUUAACCGUCGCUGUUUUGGGAGCAAUAAUUGAGCCAGUCAGUCUCUGUUUUUAUGAAUUUGUGAAGUCUGCUAAUUAAUUUAUUAAUGAAUAAUAUUUUCUUAAAAAUAAUUUCUUAACGAGUGGAAUAUAAGAAUCCAACUCACAAUUUC